GAUUUGCAUAAAAAUCCUCUCUCUGAUGCAACGGCAACAAACGGUACUGGAGGCUUCCUGACAACAACAACUAAUAACUAACAAAAGAAGGUAAAGGACAGAGGAUCAUGUUUACAUCGACUCUAGCCCUUCUGGGCCUCAGUCUGGGACUUGUGGCGAAUGCUUUCCCCACACAACAGCCUGAAAACGGGAAGAACUGGGUGGUGAUUGUCGCUGGCUCCAAUGGUUGGUACAACUACCGACACCAGGCCGACGCCUGCCAUGCGUACCAGAUCGUCCACAAGAAUGGCAUUCCUGACGAGCAAAUUGUCGUGAUGAUGUAUGAUGACCUGGCGACCAAUGAGCAAAACCCCACCCCAGGGGUGGUGAUCAACCGACCCAAUGGGACAGACGUCUACAAGGGAGUCCCCAAAGACUACACUGGAGACGCUGUUACCGCUGACAACUUCCUGGCUGUGCUGAAGGGUGACUCAGCCAAUACUAAGGGGGGUUCUGGGAAAGUGCUGAAGAGCGGUCCCAAAGAUCAUGUGUUUGUGUACUUCACUGACCAUGGAGCUCCUGGGCUGCUGGCCUUCCCCAAUGACGACCUUCAUGUUGCCGACCUCAUGGAUGCCAUCAACAACAUGCAUGAGAACAAGAAAUACGGGAAGUUAGUGUUCUAUAUCGAGGCCUGUGAGUCGGGAUCAAUGAUGACCAAGCUGCCUGCUGACAUCGAUGUGUAUGCCACCACAGCAGCCAACUCUCAUGAGUCGUCCUAUGCCUGUUACUAUGACGAUAACCGGGAGACGUACCUGGGGGACUGGUACAGCGUCAACUGGCUGGAGGACUCUGAUGUGGAGGACCUGAGCAAAGAGACCCUGAUUAAACAGUUCAAGAUCGUCAGGAGUCACACCAACACCAGCCACGUGAUGCAGUUUGGAAACAAGACUCUGGCCCAUAUGAAGGUGGUAGCCUUCCAAGGUAAUGUCAAUGCCAAGCCUGCGCCCCCCAUGACCCUGCAGCCCGUAGAGGACCCAGACCUGACCCCCAGCCCUGACGUACCCCUGGCCAUCCUAAAGAGGAAACUGAUGAGGACCAAUGACCUCUCUGCAACCAAGAAAUACUUCAGCCAGAUUACGUCACACCUCAAGGUGCGUGAGCUGCUGGCAGAGACAAUGCGCAGGGUGGUAGAGACGACGACAGGAGAGGAGAUCACGACCCAGAGGGUUCUGAGUACCAAGCUGGAUCUGACCCAGCAUCAAUGCUACCAGGCUGCUGUUAACCACUACAGGAUACGAUGCUUCAACUGGCAUAUCACUGAGUAUGAAUAUGCUCUGCGACACCUGUAUGCCCUGGUCAACCUGUGUGAGGGAGGAUACCCAACAGACAGUAUCCUGAUGGCAAUGGAGAGCGUGUGUCACUACAACUAGACGGAUCUUUCUGAAUGAACACCUCUUUCGGAUCAGCUUGCUGUGCCUCCACACAGGAGGGUCUGAGACGACGAGUCUUCUCUUUGCACUGACAAGGAAUCAAGUUUGACAAAAAAUAUAUAUAUAUUUUUUUCACACUGCUAUACCACUUUUUCAAAUGUUUAAUUUUAAACUUUUAUUCCCUAGAUUUAUUAAGACAUUUUAAAUGUUUUUUUAUGAUGAAUUGUAUGAUCACUGAGCGUUUUAUUCAGUCUUCUCCCACUGGUGCAGUGGUGUCUGAAAUUAGUGGGUAUACUGUAAUUUUGCAAAACGGCCCUCUUAGUGAAGGAAAGGCACCCUGUGUGAAAUUCUAUGAGAAAAGGUGACCUACACUCUGAAUGACCUAAAAGGAUGAAACCCAUAUUGGUCUUUCAGUCAAGCUAACCUAAGCGUUACUGUGGAAGUAGGCUAAUAGUAGGCCCACUAUUUCAUAUACCCCCUCCCUUCCUGCACCUUUUUAAUAGAACAAUUUCUUUAGUUUUUCCAAGUCCAUAACAAUGCUUAAACCACAUCAAAGACUACUUUUGGGGUCUGGGGGGGGGGGGGGAAAUCUAAGAAAUGUAGAUUUUGAGUGUAGCUAACCUCUUAAUGAAAGUGCUCAGGCACCUAGCACUGUUUGGUUAGUGAUGUUUCUGUAGCCACUGGCUUGAUCUCCGUCUGCCUGGGAGGCAUAGCUAGCUUAAUGUUUUUAAAUUGAGAUGUUUUUUUGUGAACCUUGUCUUUCCAUCUACCAGGAGACUGAUAUUGUUUUUCCCCCUCUUCAUUAAUUGUUUGAUACCUGGACAUUUUCCUUCAUAUUAUGAGGCAUGUCUUACCUUGACUCAAACUAGCCUCUAGCCACAAUCCCAUAGAAACAUGGAAAUAAUUGGGUUCUAUUGGAUUUGUUUUGUUUGUCCAGUAGACAUGUUAUAUUAGCAACCAUGAUACAUUUCAAAAUAAUAAUAAUUUGAACGGAUAUUUCUGCACACGUUUUCAGGGACAAUCAGAGCAUUUUUAGAUUGGUGAUUUCCCGCAAAUUAAAAAAAAAAAAAAUGUUUUAAACCUUCGCAUGUAGGCGUUGUGCAUGUUGACGUACCGACAAUGUGACGAAAUAAUAAAAUGGAUCGAAACGUUCUGGUCUAUCAGCCUUAUUAAUUGAUACGCUGUAUACCUCCACUACUUUGAUAAGCAUUGUGGCGAUUUAAGAAGUGAGUAUAGGCAAUGCCCACAAAAAUGGGUUUAUGAUUUGGACCUGCGUAUACCCUCCACUACUGCUUGGGUGUUGGCUCUGCUAUACGCCAACAUGAGCCCGUUGUCAGAACUGAAUGACGGAGUAUUGUGACAUUGCCCCUAGCUGCUGAUCAUGGGUCAGUUUCGCACUCUUCCCCCCCGCCUGUAACCGGGUUGGUGCUUGGAGGUUGAAUCCUACAGCGUCAUAAUACUCUCACGUUAACCUCCAUGCAGACUCCUGUAAAGGCUCAGGAUACUGUGUUGUCACAGGGAUGUUAAACUAAAACCUUGAUAGUCAGAACAAAUUGUAAAGGACUUGUGUUCACUAAAACGAGCCACAAGGUGAAGCUGAGGGGUGUAGCCCACCACAGCCAUGAUUUAAAAAAUAUAUAUAAUGCAUGGACUCCAGCUUUAUUGCUUAUAUACAAUUUUAAUUUAACAAAGUGAUGCUAGAUUCACUAACACUCGUUGUCAAGUGCAAUUUUAGGUGUUUGGUUGUUAGGUCUAUUCUCAUUGACUGGAAUUUUAAGCAACCUGCAAAGUUCUAGAACUAUGGCAAACAACGGUUGCUAUGGAUGCUCAAUCACUACAGACUGAAAGCUGAAAAUACUUCUAACUAACUGCAUGUGAAUGUUGUCUAUCAUGGGCAGGCUACACUUUCUUCACAAUAGGGAUUUCUAAACCAACGGUUGUAUAAUAUGAAUUACCAUAGUGGCUCUUUCCAUCUAGUCUACCCCUCCUGUGUCACAACUUGUUAAGAUUUAAUCUAGAUAUUGACCGAAUCAAAUAAUGGGUCCUCUUCUGUUGGGAGUAAUUUGUCAUAUUAGGAUUACAUUAUUAUUUUAAAGAGUUAAAUGGUGUACCUGGUUUUGCUGAGGAAAGGUAGAGGCCAUAGACUGGAUUCUAUUUGUUUUCUAGCCACCGUAUAUUAUCAAAAGCAAUAGUGAUUAUCUUAAAUUUUUAAGUUGCUGAAGUUUCUGCAUGACUGUCUGUCAUAAGAUGCCAAAUGGGGCAGAACACAGUUUUCAGGAGUGUAGAAGGGCGAGAUGGUCAUGCAGUGGAGGACUAAGGGUUUGAGGACUGAACUGCAGGAGUAACAGCAAACUAGAAUGUAUGUAUGAAAUGUUCACUCUUUGGAAAUUGAAAAAUAAAACUGACCGUGUUCAUGUCUGA